CUUCCUAAUAUCUGUAGAAAAGGAUAGUUGUCUUUAUCCUCGCGGCAUUUAGGCCUUGGAAAACGGCCGCACAUACAGGACGACUGACUUCAUGCACACUGCUCCGAGAGAGGAAGCGUUAUGGGAAGCAUCAACAAGAAACGUAUAUAGGGUAUUCUGAGCUAUCUGAUCCUUUUUGGUGAGCCACUGUCGCCAGGGCCUUGCCAACACCCAGCCCUGAGGAAUGGAGCGCUAUGAGCUUGUCCGCGAUCUUGGUGCUGGCAACUUUGGAGUAGCGAAGCUUAUGAAGGAUCGGCUUAAUGGAGAACUGGUCGCCAUCAAAUUUAUCGAGCGUGGGGAGAGGAUUGAUCGCAAUGUGGAGCGGGAAAUAUGCAACCACCGAGUAUUAAACCAUCCAAAUAUUGUGGCCUUCAAAGAGGUGUUCUUGACACCCACGCACCUUGGGAUUGCGAUGGAGUUUGCUGCUGGUGGGGAGCUGUUUGAGCGCAUUGUCCAAGCGGGACGUUUUUCCGAAGAUGAAGCACGAUAUUUUUUCCAACAAUUAAUAUCGGGCGUUGACUACUGCCACGCGUCGGGCGUAUGCCACCGCGAUCUCAAGUUGGAGAACACGCUAUUGGACGGAAAUCCGGCGCCGCGACUUAAGAUUUGCGACUUCGGGUACUCCAAGUCUGCUUACGACUCCCAGCCCAAGUCCACGGUGGGCACCCCGGCCUACAUCGCGCCCGAGGUGCUGCAGCGGCGACAGUACGACGGCCAGCACGCGGACGUGUGGUCGUGUGGCGUGACUCUGUACGUCAUGCUGGUGGGGGCCUACCCCUUCGAGGACCCAGCGGACCCCCGGAACUUCCGCCGGACAAUACAGCGCAUCAUGAACGUGCGCUUCAGCUAUCCGCCCAACCUCCACAUCUCGGCGGAGUGCCAGGACCUCAUCUCGCGCAUCUUCGUGGCCAACCCCGCUGAGCGCAUCACCAUUGCGGACAUCCGGCGACACCCCUGGUUCCAACGCAACUUGCCCGCGGAGCUCGCGAACCCCAGCACCUACACGCGCAACCCGGAGCCGCACCAGUCGCUGGAGGAGAUCCGCGCGCUCAUUGAGGCGGCGCGGCACGUGGGCGACACGGGCGGCGGCGGCCCGCGCGGCGGCGGCGGCGGCGGUGGGAACCUCCCGCUGGAGUUCAAUGAGGAGGAGUACAUGGACGCGGACAUAAUGGGCAGCGGCGGCAUGGGCAUGGGCGGCAUGGGGAUGCGCAUGGGCAGCAGCGGCGGCGGGGGCGGCAUGGCUGGCGGCAUGGGCAUGGGAAUGGGCGGCAUGGGACUGGGGAUGCUGCCGCCACCGAAUGGCAUGGGCAACGGCGUCGGCAACAGCAGCAACGGUGGUGCUGGUCCGGGGGGCAUGCCGGCUGGGGCUUACCGACUGGACAACGGCUAUGCCGUACACGCCGGCGUGCAUGGCGGGGGUCCGGCGCACGGGCAGAUGCCCGGGCACCUGUUGAUGGGCAUGGGGGCGCCCAUGAUGCCACCCGGGGGCCACCACCAGCAGCAGCACCAGCAGCAGCAGCAGCAGCAGCAGCCCAACAGGGGCAUGGGGCCGCAUGGGGCGAUGGCCAUGCAGAUGGGUCCGGGGGUCAUGGGUGCCAUGCAGCAGCACAUGGGGGUGGUCGGCGGCAUGGGCAUACCGGGCAUGGGCAUGCCAGCUGGGCCUCAUCAGCAGGAGUAUGGCGGUUUCAUGGCUCUGCCGCCUCGGGGCUAUCCCGCCACUGCGGCUGCGCACCAAGCGGCAGCGGCGGCGGCAGCAGCGGGUGUGUAUGCUGCACAGCAUCAAGCGGCGGCCGCGGCUGCUGCUGCGGCGGCGGCGGCUGCAGCAGCCGGCCGGAGUGCAGGCGGUGCGGGUGGCGGCUACUAGGCACCCGAGGCACCCGUUAAGGCGCAGUCCUCCGAUGACUGUUGCAGCAGAAGCAAGGGGGUCAUUGGCUAAACUGGCACGGCGCUGGAGCCGGGGGGCUGGAGGGGAAGAUGGAGCGAGUGAUGGGGCGGCAGUGCUGCGGUGUACUACUCGUAGCGGUGUGUGUAGCGUUGCACGCGCUGCGGGUGGGCGCCUGGAGUCGGGUUUUCGCAUGGGGGCACAUCACGCAUGCGACCCUGUCAGUUUAGUUGGGGAGUGGGGUGGUAGUGGUGUUCGUGAUGGGCCACAACUGGGCGAGGUCUGUGAUGGUGGUAGUACUGUAGCAGUAGGACGAAUUUAGAAGAAACAUAAAUUGGCCUAAAAAUUGGCGUCAGGACGACCCAAAGCUAAGAUGAAAUGAGGGCCGCUUUUCAGAUACAGGCCGACAAACUUGCCUGGGACUUUACCUCCUUGUGCCGAAUCUAUAAUGACUAUCCUGCUGCUACCGCCUCGCCAGAUGGGAGGCGCGUGAUACGCAAAAACACGGCACUGCUUAAGCCUAUCUAUGGUGCUGCUGCUAUGUAUGGGUGCUAUACGAUGUGUGAGCGCUGCUGCUUUGCAGGUGUCGGUGCGGGUGGUGUUGGAGGGCGGCGGCUACAUGAGGAUUGCGAUGCGUUGUCCUGCGACCUCGCUUUGGGUAGUCCGUUUACGUGACCGGGUGACCGCGAUCUUUCUUGCCGAGCACGUGAUGUCGCUGUCUGGGUCGUGACUACUACUGGUGGGGAGAAGCCGUAGCGUACGGGGCACGUGGAUGGAAGCAGCCACAGCUGGGCCCAUUGUAGUAGGACGCUGUUUACGUUGGGAAACCGUAAUACCGAGUGAUUUGGCCCAACCACAGAAUAAUGACUUGCCGGUAUAAAUCCAUAAUGGAGGCGAGGUAGAGAGGGACGAGUUGGGUACCAAGGGUGCCGCGGUGGCGAAGGCUUGGCGGGAGGCAUGCGCGCUUCAGGGGCAUGCAUGUGAGGGCAUGAGGGCAAGGUGAUGCGAGGCACAGUGUGCAGGGCUGGCUGUGAGGGCGCACAGAGGGGUGAUAGCAGGCCAUGGGCUGCUAGUAGGUGGGUGCGUGGUGGUGUUGGCGAGUGGGGAAGGGAACUGGUACGACGAUUUGGGCCUGCGACCUUUUCAACAGCAGCUGCUGUCAGGGGCAAGUGGGGAGGUACCGGUAUGUAGCGAUGAGCCCCCCCGGGUUUUAAUGUACGACGCGUGUGCACCUACGGCAGGAGCAUCCUUUGUCCUUCACACACAACAGGGCGGUCAUGUGCUGUUUGAGAGCGGCGCCCUCUUCACAAUGUGGACUGUGUUUGUCUGGGUGACCGAAUAGAUUAACAGUCAGCGCGUAUGUUGCCCUGUGAGGACUUGGUUGGGCAGGGUUAGAGUGCUCGUAGUGGGCGUUUCUGUUCCUCUAAUUGCGCUGAUGCAUUUGCAGUGCAGGCAUGACAAUUGUUUUGUUUGAGUGUGCAUGUUUAUAAUGAACACACGGUCUUUUCAGGCUUUGCCUGUCUUACAUCACGUAACCAGACUCCUUGAUCGCAAGGAAAGUGUUAGGGCUUGGAGGCUGUGUUGGGUACAUUGUGCCAUGUAGCGUCCAUUUCCUGUGUUUUGACUGCAAGACACGGGCGCAGGCAAGGCUGUGGGUGCACACAUCGGCACAAAGCAGUGUAGGCGAGACGUCUCAAAGCGGAGGGGGUGGGCUAGCAGGCUCCGUGGGUGUAUCGCUUGUUGCAUGCCUUGCCUUGUGCGCCAGACUGGCAUGGUUGUUGGGGGUUAUCCUUCCGCUGCUGCAGGGCAGCGUGCAGCUGCCGUUCUCUUCUCAUCAACAAUUCCGCGUUUUCUCACAGGUUGGCUUAAAGGAAAGGUGGCAAGACAUCGUUUAGCAACACAUGCAUGGCGCUGGUCGUGACAAUACAGUGAAGGGGCCGCUAUGCAUCACGGUCUUGUGAUGCCUUUUGCUUUGCUGAUUGUUACUGCGGUUUGUGACUGCGCCUUUGCACAUUUGUAUGGUGCUAGCAAUUGAACUCGAGGUGCCGGGGGCUUGUUACGGCACCCGAUUGGGCCCACAGCGGUUUCAGGUGACAAAGCGACGGUGCCAGCAGUUGCAGACAUGCAGGUUGACAGUGCAGGUCAUGCGGGCUUGCGGGUCCUGACUCCUUCCGUUGCCUGGCGUUGCCCGACUCCUCCCGUCGCUCGGCUAUGGCAAUGAGUGGAUGCAGCGUGUUCCCAUGGGCUGGGUCUUAAGGUCAAGCCUGUUCUGUUGCAUCUUUGGGGGGGUUAACCAAAUAAUGAGAUAGUACGGCGUAAUGUGUGUGCAUUAGUAAGUCAGGAGGGAGGUGGGGGGGGUGUUGCUGUGUAGCGUUACUGCGUUAGGCAUGGCUACAUGGCUGGUUCGGCAAAUGCGUAGCGAAGCUGCUUAUUGAUCAUAUGGAUGGUGCUAAAGGCAUACAAGCUGUUGAUACAACACAGUGCACGUACCAUUGCUGUUGCACGGACAGUAUUGAUGGCUUUUGUAGUACGAUUUGGAAUGCGUUGGAUCUAUCUUAUGCUAGUGUUCCUUCCAAAGGUUUCAAUGUUGUGUGGACUGCUCGAACUAUUGCACGUACGUUAAGGGUUUCCAAUAGGUCGCUCGUAUCUUUGUAAUCUGCACCAUACUUGCAAGCGCUCUUGCGACCACCGUAAGCAUGUAAUUGGAGGUGUUAUCCCGUUUCCUGUGACCGUUCGAUGCGCCGAACUUGGC